AUGAUUUCCUCGCGCCGGGCUGUGCCCCUGUUUGGCUUUGCCUUCAUCCUUUUCAUCCUCCUCGCCAUCCGAAGCCUCUCGUCACAAUGGGAACAAGCGACGCAGGUCGUCGGUUUGGGUGAACUGGCCACGACCCCCUCUCCAUCGCCGUCAGUACGCUUCAAUGUUACCAGGGUUCACGAAGAGCCUGCGAUUCGGACGCCGUAUGCACCCAAGCCACACUUCGUCCCUGGCCUCCCCAAGCCCUCUGGGACAACGUACACGAAGACGCUCGUGGUGCCCAAGACUUCCGAUGAAGAUACCAGUUGGAUGGAGGUUGAGCUUCCUGAGUGGCAAACAGCAAUCUAUGCCGUCGAUGACCCGUCAGCACCUCUGCAUCCUCCGAAGAAUAAGGGUCAUGAAGUGAUGGUCUAUUUGAGCUACAUCAUCGAACAUUAUGACAUCCUACCUGAUGUGGUCGCUUUCAUGCAUUCGCAUCAGUUCGCUUGGCACAAUGAUGACCUCUUUGCCGGAGAUGCAGCUGAUCUCCUGCGCCGUUUGAACCCCGCCUGGGUGGUCCGCCAGGGCUACGUAAAUCUGCGAUGCACGUGGAGUCCCGGCUGUCCUGCUUGGUUGCACCCGGGAACCUUGGUGGAGGACCAAACAAAGCAAGAGGAGGUUAUGCUGGCCAGAGCCUGGGGUGAGAUCUUCCCCGAUGAUCCGAUCCCGGAAGUUCUGGCCCAACCCUGCUGCGCUCAAUUCGCCGUAUCGCGCGACCGUAUUCAUGCCAUUCCGAGAGCUCGCUUCGUAUAUUUCCGCGACUGGAUGCUCCGGACAGAGCUCAGCGACUACAUCUCCGGUCGAAUUUGGGAAUACCUAUGGCAUGUCGUUUUCACCGGAGAGAACGUUUACUGCAUCAAGGAGCACAUUUGUUACUGCGAUGGAUUCGGCAUCUGCUUUGGCGGCGAGGAGGAGUACGAUGCAUUCCGAGGCCACCAUGCGAAGAAGUCUGAGCUCGAGGAGCAAUUCAAAGGAUGGAACGUUCGGGCCGACAUGAUCGAGCUGACCCGCAUGAGCGGGACGCUGGGCGAGGAAAGCCACCUGAGUUUCCCGCAGCCAGGCGAGGACCUGACGCUCGCAGAUCUGAUCGACAUGGAGGAGCUGCUCAUCAAUGAACUGGUGGUAAAUGCUACGGAACGUGGCAAGGACCCCGAAGCACGCGCCCGCGAAGUCGGGAGACCCUGGAAGGAGGGCGAUGGAUUCUAA